GAGAGUCGCUCCAGCCUAUGAUUCAAAGUAGUGUAGACUUCUUGCCCGGCUCCAGCUGUCUCUGGUCUCUCCAGGAAUGAGAAGCGAUGGCCGGCUCUGCCAACGAGGAGAAAACCUUCAAGAGGUUCUUGGAGCUCUUCUUGCGGGAGAUGAGGCCACCUCUCCAGGAGGACGUACCUCUACCUAUGCGCCCCUUGUCGGACCUCAUCUCGGAGGACGAGGUGGAAGGGGAAUGCCUCGACCUGUGUCUCCAGCACCUGUGUAAAUAUAAUUGCCCUUUUUCCUUGGCUGCAGCCCUGGCCCGUGGUACAGCAGACAGCAUCCUGCAAAGCGAUCUCUCUGUGUACUAUCUCAACAAGAGUGUGGAGGAUGGAACAGACACGCUGCCUCAGAUUGAUUCGGUGAAGCUGGCCCGGCUGAUCUUUAAUAAGCUAUGCGAGACCUGCUGUCAUUGGCUAAAGGAGUUUCCGUAUCGCCGCCGCCACUUGCCGUACUACGAGACCUCCAUCCACGCUAUUAAAAACAUGCGCCGAAAGAUGGAAGACAAACACGUCGUCAUUCCUGACUUCAACACACUCUUCAAUCUACAGGAUCAGGAAGAGCAGGCUUUUUUUGCCGUGUUUGAUGGUCACGGUGGGGUGGAUGCUGCCAUUUACGCCGCCAAUCAUCUGCACGUAAACCUGGUAAGACAAGAAAUGUUCAGUCAGGACGCCGGAGAGGCUCUGUGUCACUCCUUCAAGCUGACAGACGAGCGGUUCAUACAGAAGGCGUCACGUGAGAACCUGCGUUGUGGCACCACAGGGGUUGUGACCUUUUUGAGGGGUCGCACACUGUAUGUGGCCUGGCUGGGAGACUCUCAGGUCAUGAUGGUGAAGAGAGGUCAACCGGUGGAGCUGAUGAAACCACACAAACCAGACAGAGAGGAUGAGAAAAAGAGGAUUGAGGCUCUGGGUGGGUGUGUGAUCUGGUUCGGCACAUGGAGGGUGAACGGCAGCCUGUCGGUGUCAAGAGCCAUCGGUGACUCAGAACACAAGCCCUAUAUCUGUGGUGAUGCUGACUGCACCGCCUUCAACCUGGACGGCAGCGAGGACUACUUGAUCCUGGCCUGCGACGGCUUCUACGACACGGUGAAUCCAGAAGAAGCUGUGCGAGUGGUCAGCGACCACUUGCAGGAGAACAACGGGGACACCGCCAUGGUGGCCCACAAACUAGUGGCCUCGGCCCGAGAUGCGGGGUCCAGCGACAACAUCACGGUCAUUGUGGUGUUCCUCAGGGACCCCCGUUUGCCCCCGCCCUCAGAUGAACCGGAGGAGGAGCAGGAAGAGGAGCCGGUGGAGGACGCGGGAGAAGAGGAGGAAGAAGAGGAAGUGGAGUCCUUGCAGAGUGAGCUGGUGUGUCAAGACGGAGGGGCGGAAAAUGGAGGCAAGAACCGGGGCGGCUGGCCACUCCAACAAUGCUCGGCUCCGGCCGACCUGGCCUACGAAGACCGCAUGGAUUCGUUUACGGACAGAACAAGUCUGAGCAUCACGGGGCCAGACCUGCGUGCAGAGACUGGCUGCUUCAGGCUCCCAGCUUCAUCCAGCCUCCCUCCGACGAGAACCGUCAUGGCAGACCUCAUACCCCCCUACGGCGGGGCUGGCGCGGCCUGGCGCCCCUACCAAGAGGACGGCCCCUCCGGGUACAGGCAAAAGCCCCAGCCUAAACCCAGAGUGCCCUCCUACACGCAAACCACCUCAGAUGGACAAUUGUUGGAGGUGGCUGCGCUCUUCCCCCAGGAGGGCCGCAGGAAGAGGCGGCUGGAGGUCAUGCCGCUAAGGAGGGAAUCGCAGCGCCUGAUCCGGAGGGCUAGAGAAAGUCACGGCCCUCUCAGCUGCUUCCCUAGCGUGCCCUAUCCUCUCCGCUCUCCAGAGAGGAAGCCUGGGAUAGCCUUUCCCCAUGUAACCCACAGCAAAAGGGUCUAAUCGACAACUUCCUUGCCCCAUCAUGCCGCCCUCCAUCCCUAAAGCUAAAACACGUUCAUUUCACACAACACAUGAAUGGGGGUGUACGAACACAUACAUGCAUACUCUGUUCCAAAACAUAGUGAGCAGCCUCCAUAGGCUGCAUUUUAGAUGGAAAAGUACCUUGUAUUGGACAAAUUGAAAGGCAGCAACACAAACCCAGAAUGAAGAGAGAAAUGAUAAUCUUGAUAAAAAUAGUUUAUUAUAGUUUAAUCCUGACUAUUUUACCCAAUAUUUGUGUGUGCUAUAUAUAUUUAUGCUUAUCAGUGUGAAAGCUUAUUUCCACCAUGGAAUAAAAAUAUAAAAAUACAUUUUUCUGACAACUGUGAGUUGAUGUCGCACAGUUCUCAGAAUUGCAAAUGUAUAUCUUGCAAACUCACUAUUAUGACUGUGUAACUCGAAAUUGCCUCUUGCAAUUCUAACUUUUUCUCUCAGGAUUGUGAUUUUACAUCUCACAGUUCGAACUUUUUGUCUCAGAAUUUGAAAUUUACAGAUAAAAAGUAAGAAGCGCAAAAUGUAACUCAUAAUUCCAAGAGGAAGUCUGAACUGCGAGAUGUAAACUCAAAAUUCAGAGCAAAAAAAAUUAAAAAAUGAAAUUUUUCCCCUUCAGAAUUCUGAUUUUACAUCUGAUUUUACAUAGUUCUGACUCCUGAAAUUGAAAUUUACAUCUAUAUAUAAACUCAGAACUCUGAUAAAAAGUCAGAAGCGCAAAAUGUAACUCAUAAUUUCAAGAAAAAAUCUGAAUUGCGAGAUGUAAACUCAAAGUUCAGAGCAAAAAACUAAGAAUUGUGAACUUUUUUCCCCUCAGAAUUCUAAUUUUACAUUUCACAGUGCUAACUUUUUGUCACAGAUUUUAAAAUAUACAUCUAUAUAUAAACUCAGAAUUCAGAAAAAGUCAGAAUUGCUAAAUGUAAACUAAGAAUUCUGAGAUAAAAGGUCAGAAGCGCAAGAUGUAAUUCAUAAUUCCAAGAAGACGUCUGAAUUGUGAGAUGUACACUCAAAAUUCAGAGCAAAAAAUAAGAAUUGUGACUUUUUUUCCCCUCUAUAUUUUACAUCUCACAGUUCUGAAUUUUUAUCUAGGAAUUUGAAAUUUACAUCUAUAUAUGAACUCUGAAUUCUGAGAUAAAAAGUCAGAAGAGCAAAAUGUAACUCAUAAUUCUGAGAAAAAGUCUAAAUUGUGAAACGUAAACUCAAAAUUCUGAGAAAAAAAAUUGUGCAUUUUCCUUCAGAAUUCGAAUUUUACAUCUCAAAGUUCUGACUUUUUGUCUUGGAAUUUGAAAUGUACAUCUGUAUAUAAACUCGGAUUUCUGAGAUAAAAAGUCAGAAGCGCAAAAUGUAACUCAUAAUUCUGAGACAAAGUCUGAAUUGCGAAACGGAAACUCAAAAUUCAGAGAAAAAUUUUUUUUUUACAUUUUCCUUCAGAAUUCGGAUUUUACAUCUCAAAGUUCUGACUUUUUGUCUUGGAAUUUGAAAUUUACAUCUAUAUAUCAACUCGGAAUUCUGUGAUAAAAAGUCAAAAUGCAAAAAAAGCGCAAAAUGUAACUUAAUUCUGAGAAAAAAGUUUCAAACUUUUUUCCCCUCAGAGUUUGGAUUUUACAUCUCACAGUUCUGCCUUUUUGUCAGAGUUGUGAGAUAAAGUCGCAGUUAAAAUAUGAACGUUCCAUGCUGAAAAUAAGUUCAACAUGCUGACAGAGAACCCUAUUAAAAUGACCUGCAUUAAUUGUUAGUGUUGCUGCCUAGAGAGUCCAAAUGAGUCCAUUCUGAGGUUCCACAGGCAGCUGUCUAUGUAGGGAUCAGGCAGCAAAGGGGACUCACUGAGCUCUGGAACAGAAACAUAAUCAAACAUAUGAGAUCCUACAUUGCUUUGACGCUUCCACUCUCAUCUUAUAUGAGCCAGCCUAUCAGAAUUCUUUACCAUUCUCAGCCAGCUUCCUCCUCAUCCUCAUAACCCUCUCUCUGGUCCAGUUUGCGUGUGUGUGCGUGUGUGGAAGGGAAAAAAAAAAAGAGCGUUAACACUAUGAUAACACUAUCUUCUGUUAUUACACACACACACAAGUGAAGUUUGAGGGAAACCCAGUGUAGAAUCAAGCAGGUAAUUGCAGUCAACAGGAGGAACUGACCUCAUAGACCUCUAAAAUUCAUUUUUUCCUUUUUAUCUGAAGCGUAUACUUAUUGUAUGAACUGGUUACUCAAGUAUGUGAUCAUGUCUAUAAAUUACAGCUUAGGAUUUGUCUAUAAAUUGCAGCUCAGGCAUAAUUAUGACCUGGCUGUGAUGAGUCAUUGAGAAACGAGUGGCAUCAUAUUCAUGUGUGUUUAUGCUUUUAGCACACAUGCUGUUUUUGACCCCAUGUUUUACCUUGUUCAUUUUGUUAGACAUGUUUAUUUAUCUAAAAGCCAUAAAUGGUGCUUUUCACAAAUAGGAUACAAUUCAGAAUUUUUUACUGUCCUGUAUCCACCUUAUUUUUCAAUGCGGAAGUAAGCCGUUUUCUGGUAAUGUGUGAGACUUCCGGUUUAUAAGCCACCGCAGGGAAAUAACGAGAAGAAUAACAACGAACAGUAAACUGUAAAACUGUUUGCACUACAAACCAGCAUGUUCAUAAUUAAGAUAAUACGUUCAAAUAAUAUGGUAAGACACACCAAUUUGCAAUAUCAAACAACAAAACAAGCUGUUUUGCACAGCUAAAAAUAGCUGGAUGCAGAUGAGAGCGGAAGCCAGACACAUUAAAUUUACAAAUGGCCAUGCCCACUCUUAACGGGAAAAAUAAGGUGGAUAAUUUAAUUUUAAUUUUAUUAAUAUUGUGGAUUUAAUUUAAUGUUUAUUGCUAGGAAAUAACAAAAAUAUAAAACGCAAACCUCUACAAAACAAAUACUGUACAAUACUGUAUAAUAUUUAGUUUGACCUCCAGAGGUUGAAGGUUAAGUGCCACUUUUUGUUGAAAUAACAAAAAAAUGAUUUGAUUUUGUAUCUAUUUGGAUCUACUUUGUAUUCUAUUUGUGGAAAGUGCUGGGCUGGUUUUGGGCGGCCGCCACGUUGAAGCAUUUGCACAUUCACCAUAUCUCCAGGCACCCUUUGAUGACGCUAACUAGAAAUAACAUAACCCACUGACAGACAACACCUGUUGCUUUUCCAGUCAUUGCCUUGGAAAGAAACAUAUCGGAUCAAAUUUAGAUGCAGUAUAUACAUUUUCAGUUUCAAAACCAAAGAAAAUGACUGAGUAUUCAUCAGGGGACAUACUACCAUCCCUAAACGAUGCUGUAGUACAUCUACAAGAGCUUGUUGUUAAACCCUGUAGAGAAAGAUUAGUUGAAGAUAUUCACUUCCUAUUCAAAACUGAUGUUUGGACAAAUAUCUCUUACAUUGGCAAGCUGCAUUAAGAUCUGUUUUGGAGUUUGUAUAGGAUGUGUAAAUGUAGCUAGAGAGGUUUGCUUGACAACAGAAUAAGGCUGACAGGAGAUGCUCGUAGUUUGAAGUGCCCCUCAGGUGUUGAGGACAUGGAUAGUUGAGUUUCAGCAGCACAAUGUGUGCCUUUAUUAUCUUCAACAUGGGCCUGUUUUUGACAGGCUGGGAAGUGGAUGUAGAGUAAAUCUGAUCGCUCUACCACUUUCUUUUUUUCUAUACACUACCAGGUUCUUUAUUUAGAAAUGGACACAACACUUGAGAUUAGGAGAGAAUUUGUUACAAUUUUUAAACAGUACAUGUAGUGUACUUGAACAUUUGAAUUUAAAAAGAGUACAGCUAGGUAUUACUCACUUUUAAAAGGAUAGUUCAGCCAAAAAUGAAAAUUCUGUCAUUAAUUACUCACUAUCAUGUCGUUCCAAAUGCGUAAGACCUUAGUUUAUCUUUGAAACAUGAAUUGAGAUAUUUUUGAUGAAAUCCAAGAGCUUUCUGACCCUGCAUAGACAGAAAUGCAGCUAUGAAGCUACGAGAAAACAAAAACAACAACUUCAUUCAACAAUUUCUUCUUUUUUGUGUCAGUCUUCGACGUUCGUUCAUGAGACUAUCACUGUACUGUCUAUUCAGGGUCAGAAAGCUUCCAGGUUUCAUCAAAAAUAUCUUAAUUUGUGUUCCAGAGAUGAAAAACGUUUUUACUGGUUUGGAAUUUAGGAGAUUAAAUGAUUUUCUGAACCGUCACCGCUCAUCUGAUUAUUCACUCUUUAAUCUUUAUACAGUACAUUAAGAUCUCCCCUUCUCACGCAAGUCAUAUGCGUGCGUUUUUAUAUUUGCCACGUACAACUGAUGUCAGAAUACGCAGCUGCGAUGCCAUUGGAUGGUUCUGUGACAAACCACACGUGUUUCCGACUAGCAAUGCUGCAACCCUUCGCUCUGUCCCUCUUACGUCUACAACUAACUAAUGACUUGUGCCAUCCCUACCGUGCCAUUGCACUAAUCAGUUUCCAUUUAUUUAUUUUUUUGUUGGUGGAGGGAUGGAUAAUGGGACGGGGGCAGGCAUAAACAUCCAUCACCUGAGUGUUGUCAUUCAAGCUCCCCUCAUCCACCUCCAACCACGAAAUUCACCCGCAUAAAGCCCAACACCCGCCAUCAGUGUUCUCCUAUAAAAAAAGGGGCUUGAAUGGGAAGUUGUUCUGUUGUGGUGCAUUUAUAACUGGUCCAGAAUGUACAUCCAGAUGUCGAAUGUACUGUAAAAGGAACCCUUCUAACAAAAAACAUGGAGCAGGAUCAAUGAAACUUUUACCCGAUGCCCAGACUGUCCCGAUUAUAUGUACGCACUCUACCGCCCCUUAUGAGAUUCGUCCCGAUCUUAUUCCCUUUGUGGAAGUUGCUAAGCACGUCAUUGACUGCCCUGCCUCGUAAAUCCUAGAUCUGCACUAGAAGCGGAAAACGUUCCCUCACGGCCUUCGAGACCGAAUUGAUGACCAGAGAUCGAUGAGUGCAGCUCACAGGACACGGACCUCACGACGAAGCUGCGCUCGAGAUGAUAUAUGCGACGUAGAUUCAGAGAUAACCUAAUGCCCUCGCCAUCAUGUACAAUCUCCCUCACGAUCAUUCCUCUAGCACCUCGUACGGGGCACAAAUUAUAUAUCGGAAGUGUAGUAACUUACAUAUAUUGUAUACAUGUAUGUGUGUUUUGAGCGUGUGCGUGGGUGCGCGUAACGUUUGGGAUGUGUAUGUGACGUCUGUCUUCUAAAUGUACUAUUUUAAUCACCACUGAUAACUCAGAUGGAUACAGAAGUCUGUAACGCUUUUCAGUAACCCUCAGCCCCGCCCCCUUCUCACUGAAGUACGUACUUGAAAACUACUUGGAAGCGCGCGGACUCUAACAGAUGCAGCGCUGGGCGUCUGUAAUGCAGUCACAGGCUCUCGCUUAUUCACCGAGUGGUAAUGAGUCAAAGGACCAAAGUUUUCAGACGGUUCGUUUCCAAGAAGAACAUCUCACUUCGUCUUCACGUACUCUUGAGCCUUGGCCCCCUGUGGACUGACUGUUAGACGCAGCGUUUCCCCUAUUAGCGAUAGUUUCUGUGUCGAGGGCGCGCUCUCGAUCUUUCAUGACGGUUAGCCCUCCUCACUUGCUGUCACUGCUUUUUGUCCAUGUACUGUUCAGUACUGCUCUUUUUUCUGCUAGCAAUAAUGAACCUACGCAAGCCAUGAGUGAAGAGAGCUCUUCAAAGGGCUCGUCUUCUCUAAAGCAAAGCUGAGGAAGGGUUUCCAGACAACUUAGAGGGGAAAAGACAAACAAACGUAUCUUAAAAAAAAAAAGAAACCUAUGUUACUGAUGGUCAUCACUGUAUUCUAUUAAACCUGUGUUGAUGAGAAACCA